AGGAUGCCGAUGCUCGAUCUAUUUAUGUUAGCAAAGUUAAUCGAAAAAUCACUGCCCAAGUUUUGCGCGUUCAUUUUGAACAAUGUGGUGAAAUUAUAGGAAUCAAAAUUAUCUGUAAAAUUUUCAGCGAUGAUGUCAAUGAUGACGUAGGGCAUGCUUUUAUAGAAUUCAGUAAGGCAUCAAGUGUAGAGGAUGCAUUGCAUUUAGAUAUAAGCAGUAUAAUGGAAUAUAGAGUUGUGCUUCAUGAUGAAAUUACCAGAGAUGAAUUAGAAAAUCCUUUUCAAAUUUAUGGAAAUGUACUCGACAUCGCAAUAAACGAUAGCAAAAACGGAAAAUAUGCAUUCAUAGUGUUUGCCACGAAAGAAAUGGCAGAACAUGCGCUACAGGCAGACGGUGAAGAGCUUGGUGGAAGACAGAUCCGUGUCAGAAGAUAUUUUCUAAGUGAAAAUUCAAUACGGAUUGCCGGUUUUGGUGAAUCUAUCUCACCUGGUAAUUUAUGUCGUCAUUUUAAGGGGUGCGGGAAAAUAAAACAAGUUUCUAUUUAUGAUAGCCGUAGAGGACGAUCUGCAAUCAUGAAUUUUGUUAAUUCUUAUUCGGUCGAAAGAGCGCUGCGAAAGAACAACACUAUGUUGAUAAAUACUCCAUAUGAAAUUAAGGUACAGUGA